AUGCCAACGGCCGUAUCCGUGGUUAGUAGAGGGAGAUCGAAGAUGAGGAAUACGCAGCGAAAGCCAUCUAUUCUCAACUUCGAUGCUGGAUGCGGAUCUUCCUUAUCUUUUAUUGUAAUAGGCUUGGUGGGAUUCACCCUCAUUGCCUGCCUAUUUUUCAUCAGCCAUCAAGUAAAAACUGGGCAUGCCCAUAGCUAUUCCAGCCAUUUGCCUGCCACCAGAGAAUUGGAACAGGUUGAGGAAGAGCACUUUCGGUUGCCACCUCCUCACAAGGUGAAUCCUCGUGCAGUGAAACGUACAGUCAAACGUCGGGGCUCUACCAAGGCUUCAAAGAUCAUCGAUGAAUAUCUGGAUGGGUCCUCAGCAUUACACGACAUGUUCUUUCCUAGUGAAACAACUGCUGUGAACCCAACAAAAGGCAGAAAUGACAGCAUGUACUUUUAUCCCGGUAGGGUGUGGCUGGACACUGAUGGAAAUGCCAUUCAAGCCCAUGGUGGUGGCAUUCUGUAUGAUCAGAAUACCGCGACAUACUAUUGGUACGGAGAGAACAAAGAUGGACCAACUUAUCAAAUUCACCCUGAAGGGGCACAACGGAUAGACAUUAUAGGGGUAAGCUGCUACUCCUCGAAGGACCUAUGGUCAUGGACUCACGAAGGAAUCGUGCUUCCUGGAGAGCGUACCAAUAUCACGCACGACCUUCAUAUAUCAAAGGUUCUUGAGAGGCCUAAGGUGAUAUAUAAUGACCGUACUCGGCAGUAUGUUAUGUGGAUGCACAUCGACGACGGCAAUUACACUAAAGCAUCUGUCGGUGUGGCCGUCAGCAGAUCUCCCACAGGGCCUUUCAGUUACCUCUACAGUUUCCGGCCACAUGGAUUUGAUAGCAGGGACAUGACGAUCUUCAAAGACGACGACGGCAUGGCUUACCUCUUCUACGCUACUCGCGGCAACACCGAGCUUCAUGUCAGUCCAUUGACAGCGGAUUAUCUUAAUGUCACAUCGGCUAUAAGGAGAAUAUUGGUAAGACGGUUCAGGGAGGCUCCGGCCGUGUUCAAGCUCAGAGGAACCUACUACAUGAUCACCUCAAGGUGCUCAGGUUGGGCUCCAAAUCCAGCACUGGCACACGCCACACACAAGAUCAUGGGGCCAUGGGAGACGUUAGGGAACCCGUGCGUGGGAGGCAACCACUUCCUCCGGCUGACAACGUUCCUGUCUCAGAGCACAUUCGUGCUCCCCCUCCCUGGCUUGCCGGGCACAUUCAUCUUCAUGGCAGACAGGUGGAACCUGUCGGAUUUGCGCGACUCCCGGUAUGUCUGGCUGCCCUUGUCCAUCGGAGGUUUGGCGGACGAGGCGCUGGACUACAGUUUCGGGUUCCCGUCGUGGUCGAGGGUUUCUAUUUACUGGCACAGGAAAUGGCGACUCCCUGAAGGUUGGAGGAAGAGUUACGCCUGA